AUGAAUUCCUAUGGACCGGGCAACAGUCCAAGCAGACGAGAGCUAACAUCAGGAAUGUCUGAUCCAGAAGAACAUUUCCGUCGAUCUCUAGGAAAAGAUUACCAGAAAUUAAACCAACAGUCCCCAGUUGAGCCAUUGGCAAAACAGAUAUUAGAAGCAAACGUUUCAGUUGGUUCCACUGAUACAGAACCUGACAAUUUAUGUAAUCGACGUUUGAUUCUCCUCACAACACAGGAUAAUUGUCCCUCAGUAGAUGAUCAUUUCGCAAAGUCUCUCGGUAACAGCACCUGGUCUGCAAUCAAAGCGAAGAGAGACGAAUCUACCGAGUCUGUUGAUGACCAUUUUGCCAAGGCUCUUGGAGACACGUGGCACCGGAUCAAGGCCGAGAAAGAGAAUAAUUGUGACACAUUACGGUCAUCUUCCCCUUUACAACAACCCUCUGACCCCUCUACCUCUCUCUCUAAUUCUACCCCUCUCUCUCUCUUAAACCUCUCUCUCUUAAACCUCUCUCUCUCUCUUAAACCUCUCUCUCUCUCUUAA